GGGGCCAUUAGUCUGCCAACAAGCUUUGAUUGGCGCAAUAGUAGAGCCGUGAGUCCCGUUGGGAACCGGGGCCUACUGUGCGCAUCCGACUGGGCGUUUGCGGCCGUGGGAUCUCUCGAGUCAUCGUACUAUAUAAAGUAUAACACCAUGCCCGAUUUGUCGGUUCAACAAUUGUUAGACUGUAGUACGGCGUACGGAAACACAGCGUGCCUAGGUGGUACAGCGAAUAACGCUUUUAAAUACAUUAAGGAGCAAGAUGGUUUAGCGACAGCCAGGUCGUACCCAUACUCGGGCGUGUCAACUGGGUUGAUAUGUUUGGCCUCAACCAAGCCCAAAGUGGCACGCGUGGACAGUUACGCUAGGAUCACAGCUGGCAAUGAGCAAGAUUUAUUGGGAAUUAUGGUGAACAAAGGGCCAGUGGCGGUGGCCAUUAACACUAACAAUGAACAAUUCAUCAAUUACCAAGGUGGCAUUUUAGAUGUGCCCAACUGUGGCAAUACGCCCGCCGAAUGGUUUCUAGUGGUCGGUUACGGCACAGACAAUGGGGUCGACUAUUGGACAUUGCAAUCCUCGCGGGGCGCCGGGUGGGGCGAAAAAGUCCACGGGCGUUUCGAACCUGGGAAAUUGAGGUUAGUAGCCAGACACUCUAACCACUCGGCCACAGUGCUAUAUCCAAACUUACUGCCUUAUUUCGAUAGCAAUGAGGAAUAUUAA